CACGGCACAAUUACCUGCACAAUGGCAUCGGCGACAUAUCAAAAUAUGACGCUAGCGCUGCUGGUGCUCUGUAUCGUCACUAGUCCAAUAGAGAGUCGAUACCGGGAGAAGGAUGUUAAGAAGGGAAAAUCUUCACCGCCCAUACUACCACAGAUGAUAGUUCCGUCGCCGCUCAUGAACCUUUGCUCGGGUGACCGAGAGAUGAAGCUCGUUUGCCACUGCUCACCGGACGAUCCGCACGUGAAAGCACAGAAAGCAAACUGUUGGAUCUUUAGCAAGGAUCUACCACGCAAGGACGCUAAUUGGCUCGCCUUCCAGACGCAAUCCACGCUGGAGCAGCUAAAGAUUACGGUACAGAAGAUCGGCAACCUUGCGUACAUCCCGUCGGACGUGCUGCACACGCUCAAGUACCUUAAGCAGCUGACGAUCGAGUACGGCGUUAUACCGGAUCUGUUGAACUACGCGUUCGGCAAUCUGACCGAGCUGCGCAACGUGACGUUACACAAGAACCAGAUCCGCAUUGUGCAUCCGUUCGCGUUCGCUAACCAUCCGUUUCUGGAGGAGAUCAAUCUGGAGCGUAACGAAAUUCUCGAGCUAGACAAGGAAGCGCUUGUACAUCUGCCGGCGCUGCGCAAGCUCAACUUAGACUUUAACAACCUUUCCAUGCUGCACGAAGACGUGUUCGUGUAUCUCACCAGCCUGGACGAGCUGAAGCUCGAAUCGAAUCAGAUAGCUGUGCUGACGCGAGAAAUCUUCAAGGGCCUUGGUAACCUGCGAAUACUAAAGCUGACCGCCAACAGUCUGUCGUUCAUCGGUGAUACAAUUUUUGCCGAGCUGUGGAGUCUACAGGAGCUGGACUUAGAUCACAAUCAGAUUGAGAAACUAUCUGCCCGAGCUUUUGACGGGUUAAACAACCUGCGGAAGCUUAACCUGGAGAACAACCGGUUGAAGCGGCUCGAGCGGGGCAUUUUUACUGGCGUUCCGGCCGUCCUUAAUCUCAACCUAAACUCCAAUCAGCUGGAAACGAUUACGUACAACAACUUCCUCCCACUAAUGGACAACCUAGUCAACAGUACGGCCAUUCUUCAUCUCAAAGACAACCGAUUUCUGUGCGACUGUCGGCUGCUGUGGUUAUUCGAUCUACGAAACAACACCAAAAACGAGGAACUCCGGUACACGCUACAGCACGUAGAAUGCUUGUACGACAUCAAAGGCAUCUACGGCACACCAUCGCUCACGCACAACCAGCUGAAAGAGUUCGGCCGCAGCCAGCCACAGGAAUCGAUCCUAUUCGAUGAGGACUACUACGAUGACACGGGCCACCGAAAGCCGGGCGUAGUGGUGCAGAAAAAGUACAGCUCAAGCCGAUCCUUGCCCGAUGGUGCUAGCCAGGACAAAAGUCAACUGCAACCCGUCACCCUGAUGAAGCUACGGAAGGACACCAUACUGCCCUGCCCGAAAGAGUUGGAUGAACCGACAGAGCUGCCGCUCUCGCGUGAAUCCAUCGGACUCGAUAUGGGCUGGCGAUCAUCCGUCACAGCCACGAGCGAAAGUUCGACCCGCACCCUGUCGGUGGUACUGCUCGGUAUGUGUUCUCUACUCUCCCUUGCCCGGUAUGGCCCGGUAAGCUGUUAG